AGAGGACAGAGAGAAACGUCCUGGAUCAGGAGGAAGCAGCAAAAGGGAAGAAAGGAGGGAAAAAAGAAAAGAGGAGGGAGUAAAGCAUCCCAAAUCAGGAGCAAAGGAGGAGGACAGAGGACGGAGAGCAGCAUUGCAGAUCAGGAACGAACCAGGAGGAGGAGGAGGGACGGAAGCCUCCUGACUCAGGAACCGAGAGAGGAAGAGGAAGGCAGAAGGAAAGAGGAUGGAGAGAAGCACCCCAGAUCAGGAGGAAAGCGGGAGGAAGACGAAAGAGGCAAAGAGGAGGGACUGAAGCCUCCUGACUCAGGAACCGAGAGAGGAAGAGGAGCAUCGCAGAGCAGGAGGAAACCGGGAGGAAGGGAGGGAAGAGGAGGAGGCGGUGUCUCUUUUGCUGCCUGACUCCUCGGCGACGUCAGUAGAUCCCUCCUGGCUCCGUCGUGACUCCGGAUUCCGCCGCAGCCCCGACCGGAGCAGCCUCAGCCUCUUUGGCGGAGGAGUCCCGGGCCCACUCUGGCUCCCUCCAGGCGAUGACGAUGGCGAUGAUGAUGAUGAUGAUGAUGGGAAGCGGAGGAGGAGGAGGAGGCGGCGGCUGUCUGUCCUGAGUGCCUUGGGAAGGAGGGAUGGAUCAGCCGGGCUCCCUUCACGCCCCGAGGCCCUCUCCGGCUGGGCGUCUGUUCCUGGCCCGUCCCUUCAGCUGCAGGGCCUGCCUCUACGGAGGGCGCCUGGCCGGAGGAGGCUGCAAGGGCGGCUGCAGCCCGGAGCCCGAGGCCCUGCUGGCCCCCGGAGACGACGAGGACGGAGAGGCCGAAGGGGAAGAGGAGGCCGAGGGGUCCCCGGUGCCCGCCUGCCCUCCGGCCCCGCGCUCGCCUUCCCCUCCCACGCCGCCCUGCUCUCCUCCGUCGGCUCCUUGCAGCCGGGGCCGGGAGCCCAGCCUUCCUCCGGUGCCCCCGAGCCCCACCCUCCGCCGUCGGGCCAAGUCCCUUCCUCUGCCCGGGGAGCGAGGCCUCCGUCCGGCGGUGCAGCAGCAUCAUCGGCCCCAGAGCCCUUCCCGGAGGAAGACGGUGCGCUUCGCCGACUGUUUGGGGCUGGAGCUGACCGCCGUGAGGCACUUCUGCCAAAGCGAGGAGCAGGAGACCCCAAUGCCCCCCUCCCUGUCCGCCCAGGAGCUGCUGAAGACGCGGAAGCCCCCGGCGCUGGGCGAUCUGGAGCCAGUCCCCUUCGGGCCUCCGGCGCUGCUGCUGGAGCCGCUCUUCCCUCCCUCUCCGGGCUCCAGCGCGGGCUUCCUGGAUCGGCUGCGGGCGCAGAAGGUGGCGCUGGAGUGGGUCCGGUCGGAGGCCGGGGGGCUGCGGGGCGCCGUCCGCGUCCUCAACCUGGCCUUCCAGAAGGAGGUCUCCGUCCGCUACAGCCUGGACCGCUGGGCCAGCGCCCUCGAGAUCCCCGCCAGCUACCAGCCCCACAGCCUGGGGCCCGAGACCGACCGCUUCGCCUUCCGGCUGCCCAUCUCCUCCGCCGGGACCCCGACGCCCACCCUCGACUUCGCCCUCCGAUACCGCCUCCCGGGCGCCGAGUUCUGGGACAACAACCGCGGGGAGAACUACCGCCUCCGCGCCAGGACCAGGGCCAGCGCCCGGGAAGGAGAAGCCCCGGCCCCCGACGCCAACGCCUGGAUCCACUUCAUCUGAGCCAGUACUUCCCAAGAUCCAGUCACCCGAUCCCUCCUCCUUCGCCUGAGCCGAGAGGAGAGUGCCUUUGGGAAAGAAGGAAGAGGAGGAAGGGAAAGAAGAGGAGCCCACGAAGGAGGAGGAGAAGGGGGGAUCUCUCCUCUUGCGCCCCUUGGGCUUCCCCACCUUCCCCUCAUGACCAAGGAAACGACCUUCUCACCCUUCGGGGCCGAGGGAUCUCUCUCCUGCUCUGCCCAUUGGGCACCCCUGCCCUCCCUCACUUUUAUGACACCAGGCCAUGAGGAAAGCAGGCACCCCAGACUCCUCCCGAUGCUGUCUUUACGCAGGAUUUG